ACCAUUUAUUUUCUUGGCUCUUCUACACCUCUUCUUUUGCCUUUUACCCUUCCUUACAAAGAAACAACUAAAAGAUUAAACUCCUUCACCUUCAGCAGCCUUCAUCUCUUCUAACAGAAAAUAUGAGAUAUCCACCAGUUUACUUCCUUAAACAAAUGAACACUUUUAUCAUAAAAGGCUUCAUGAUCUUGUUCGUGAGCUGUGUAACAAUCAAAUUGAACCUUUGUUCUCCAAACACUCCCUCAUUGAAUACACUUCCCCUCGAUGGGCAUUUCAACUUUCAUGAAGUUCACCAUGCAGCCAGAGAUUUUGGCAACAGAUACCAGUUCCUCCCUAUGGCAGUACUACAUCCAAAAACGGUUUCUGACAUCGCCACUACAAUUAAGCAUAUUUGGGAUAUGGGUCCUCAUUCAGAGCUCACAGUUGCAGCUAGAGGCCAUGGCCACUCACUCCAGGGCCAGGCACAAACCCAAAGGGGAGUUGUCAUCAAUAUGGAAUCACUCGAGGGCCCUGAAAUCCAAGUUUACACUGGAAGUUCUCCAUAUGUGGAUGUCUCCGGUGGUGAGUUGUGGAUAAAUAUUCUGCAUGAAAGCUUGAAAUAUGGAUUAGCGCCAAAGUCAUGGACAGACUACCUACAUCUAACUAUUGGUGGUACUCUGUCUAAUGCUGGGAUCAGUGGGCAGGCAUUCCGGCAUGGUCCCCAGAUCAGCAAUGUCCACCAGCUGGAAGUUGUCACAGGAAAAGGGGAAGUUAUAAAUUGUUCAGAGAAGCAGAAUGAAGACCUAUUUCAUAGUGUUCUUGGAGGGCUUGGUCAGUUUGGCAUCAUAACCCGGGCGAGAAUAUCGUUGGAAGCAGCACCUGCACGGGUAAAAUGGAUUAGAGUCCUGUAUUCAGAUUUUGCGGCCUUUACCCAAGAUCAGGAGCAUCUAAUAUCUUCAGAAAAUACAUUUGACUACGUUGAGGGAUUUGUGAUAAUAAACCGGACCGGUCUGCUAAACAACUGGAGAUCAUCCUUCAAUUCAAAGGACCCGGUUCAGGCCAGCCAGUUCAAGUCAGAUGGAAGAACCCUCUUCUGCCUAGAAUUGGCCAAAUACUUCAACCUGGACAAGACUGACUUAAUAAAUGAGGAAGUUGAGAACUUCUUGUCUCGGUUAAGCUAUAUCCGUUCAACGCUAUUCAUGUCAGAAGUUGCAUACAUAGAUUUCUUGGACAGGGUACAUGUGUCUGAGAUCAAAUUACGAUCAAAAGAUUUGUGGGACGUUCCACACCCAUGGCUCAAUCUGCUAAUACCAAAAAGCAAAAUUCACACUUUUGCUGAAGAAGUCUUUGGCAGUAUCCUUACAGCAACAAGCAACGGCCCCAUCCUCAUCUAUCCAGUCAACAGAUCAAGGUGGGACAACAGAACUUCCGUAGUUAUACCGGAGGAACAUAUUUUCUACUUAGUGGCAUUCCUUACAUCUGCUGUUCCCUCUUCAACUGGAACUGACGGAUUAGAACACAUCUUAACUCAGAACAAAAGAAUUCUAGAAUUCUGUGAAACAGCCCAUCUUGGGGUCAAGCAAUAUCUACCCCAUUACACUACAAAGAAAGAAUGGCAGGCCCACUUUGGCCCACGCUGGGAAGCUUUUGUGCAGAGAAAAUCUGCUUAUGACCCUCUGGCAAUACUUGCUCCUGGACAAAGAAUAUUUCAAAAGGCAAUACCCUUCUCAUGACAGUUGCCACGUGCUAUAUUACAAAAGAAGAGGCCCUAAAGUCAUGUGGGAAUUUACCUUAACCAAAAAGGUUACGAGCUACUUUUAUAUUCACGAGCCUUCUCAUAUAAAUUAUGUGUCCUAGGAAGACUGGAAGGGCGUUAAGAGAAAGGGUAAAAUAUUUUAAUACAAACUGUAAAUCAUAGGUGUAAAGGGACUGGAGGAAAACCAGCCCUACAGAGGAUGUAAAUACUAAUUUUUGUAAAAUAUGGCUGAAUAAUCUAUUUCAUGAA